GUCUCAGGAGUAGGUAGCCAUGGUGACUGGAACACUACAGAUCACAGACAGAGUCUCAGGAGUAGGUAGCCAUGGUGACUGGAACACUACAGAUCACAGGCUGAGAGUCUCAGGAGUAGGUAGCCAUGGUGACUGGAACACUACAGAUCACAUGCUGAGAGUCUCAGGAGUAGGUAGCCAUGGUGACUGGAACACUACAGAUCACAGACUGAGAGUCUCAGGAGUAGGUAGCCAUGGUGACUGGAACACUACAGAUCACAGACUGAGAGUCUCAGGAGUAGGUAGCCAUGGUGACUGGAACACUACAGAUCACAGGCUGAGAGUCUCAGGAGUAGGUAGCCAUGGUGACUGGAACACUACAGAUCACAGACUGAGAGUCUCAGGUGUAGGUAGCCAUGGUGACUGGAACACUACAGAUCACAGACUGAGAGUCUCAGGAGUAGGUAGCCAUGGUGACUGGAACACUACAGAUCACAGACUGAGAGUCUCAGGAGUAGGUAGCCAUGGUGACUGGAACACUACAGAUCACAGACUGAGAGUCUCAGGAGUAGGUAGCCAUGGUGACUGGAACACUACAGAUGACAGACUGAGAGUCUCAGGAGUAGGUAGCCAUGGUGACUGGAACACUACAGAUGACAGACUGAGAGUCUCAGGAGUAGGUAGCCAUGGUGACUGGAACACUACAGAUGACAGACUGAGAGUCUCAGGAGUAGGUAGCCAUGGUGACUGGAACACUACAGAUCACAGACUGAGAGUCUCAGGUGUAGGUAGCCAUGGUGACUGGAACACUACAGAUCACAGACUGAGAGUCUCAGGAGUAGGUAGCCAUGGUGACUGGAACACUACAGAUCACAGACUGAGAGUCUCAGGAGUAGGUAGCCAUGGUGACUGGAACACUACAGAUCACAGACUGAGAGUCUCAGGAGUAGGUAGCCAUGGUGACUGGAACACUACAGAUGACAGACUGAGAGUCUCAGGAGUAGGUAGCCAUGGUGACUGGAACACUACAGAUGACAGACUGAGAGUCUCAGGAGUAGGUAGCCAUGGUGACUGGAACACUACAGAUCACAGGCUGAGAGUCUCAGGAGUAGGUAGCCAUGGUGACUGGAACACUACAGAUCACAGACAGUCUCAGGAGUAG